AAAUAAAACAUUUUUUUCUUGUAUGAGAUACGUACAUCUAAAGAUUCAUGUACAUCCAGUUGUUUGACUAUUUAUGCAUAUGUUAUAUUUUCACUCCGGCUUUCAUUGAAUGUCUAUUUCCGGAAUGUUUAUUUUAUUUAUUUUACUUGUGUCUGACAAUGGCAGAUUACUUACCGCUAACGAAAAUGUCGAAAUAACAGCGUGUGAUGGUAGUUUAAAGUACGGCACAGUGGUUAGAGUAAAAUAUAGUGAAAUGAAAAUUCACUGUAUGUGUCAGAUAAAACCUCACUUUGUUGGGUUUAUAAGGUUUGCUUCGAAUAUGAUUAAUUCAACGUGUAACACAGAGAUAGAUAUUUUUGAUGUUAAAAGGCCAUAUGAAGUAUUAAGACUGCCAUGUGGUCCUAGGAAAUUUGGCGGACUCAGUGUAACCAAUGAAAGUCUCUUGUAUAUGACAUCUAUAUACGUCAACUCUACAAAUGGAAUAUUUCAACAAGAGAUUACAAUUUUUGAAGAUACAUCUUUCAAUGGCAACAUCUCAGUCAUUUGUGGGACCAGUAUUUCAACUUUAAACCCGAAUACAAAGAUCAAAGUUAUCAUAGAUACGUUUUCCAAAAUAACCGUCUCCUCACAAAAAUUAACAAAAGAUGUCCAAACUGAAAACAGAACCUCAAGUCCUUCACCUACAUGUUCGUCUACAAAUUCAAUAAUAUCUGGUUUUUCUGGAGCCGCAGUUGGAGUUUUAUUAACAGUUAUUAUCUCCAUUGUUAUUCGUCAUAUGAGGAAAACAAAACAGAAAACUGGACCAAACGAUGAUACGAACGCUGGACAGCCAAACAAUGAUACUUAUGAGGGACCUCUAGAUAAUCCUCCAUAUCAGUCAUAUCAAGCUGUAGACAACGACCAACAUAUUUACAUUCCUCUUCAAAACUAAACAAAGAAAAAAAAACAAAAUUAAAAAAAAAAGUCAAAUAGUCCAUUAUAACGAAUAAACCCACUAGUAAUAUUCUUUACUGUAUUUUGAAAUUGUGUUAAAAAAUCUUUCUAGGCUACGGAGUGUUUUAUCUCUUUUGUGAUUCGAUACAAAAUGCACUGUCCACUGAUACUACAUCACCUUUGGCGAUUUCAUAGAUUAGAAAGUAAUACAACAUUUAGUGACACGAACUUAUGGUCGUCCGGGUUUUGUUCUAAUCAUAAGAUAAUAAAUAAAUGGUUCUAUAGAAGUGUAUGUUGUACCGGGGUAUAUGAUUUUAAAAGUCUUAUGUUAAAUAUUUGAUUAGAUGUGUUGAAUUGCAUUUACUGUAUUUUAGAUUAAAAGUUAGAAAAAAUAUUGUUUCAAAGUAAGUUGUACGCAAUUUUUGUUUCAAUGCCGUCACAAACAAUUUGGAUAUUGUUAUUUUCAGUAAGAGAAAAAAGGGACAGAAUUUAUUCAAUAUUUAUUUUUAAAAAAAAUAUAAAUUGUAGGCCUGCUUCAGAACAAAAUUUACUUUUUUCUUUGAUGUUGUUAUUCUACAGUUUAUUCUCAAUAUUUAGCGCAAACUUCGCUUAAUGAUUUUUACAAAAGAUGUAGACAUAAUAUCAGCCAUUCUUUUAAAUAAAUCAUGGUAUUUUUGAAUGUGCAUAAUUUUCUGACGUUAUAUCUCAUGAUCCCAUUGUUUAUGAAAAUAUUAUGUGCCUUGCUGUCUGCAUGUAUCCUUCUGUAUACGAACAUUAAUAUAUAUUUCUACGUCAUUAAUUGAUUUUCGGGAUAAACAUUGGUCAUUUCUGAAUACAUGUAUAUAGUCCUUAUCUAUAGUGUCAAUGUUUUCACUUCAAUGAACCAAAAGUUUUAAUCUGGUUUAGCAAAGGAUUUUAAUUAUGAAUUUUAAAUUGUAUUAUAGUAAUGUCAUUUUUUGUUUUUAAAAAUGGAUCUUUAAAUCAAAACUUAUGGGACUUCGAUUAACAAAACAGGAUCUAUUUUUUCUGUAGCAUUUAUUCAAAAUACAGAUAAAGGGAGAUAUUUUUAUUUUAUUUUAUUUUUCUCAAUGAAACAAAGACAUGAGUUGUAAGAAAAUAAAUUAUCAAAAUAUCUACGAAGAGAGCAUGUAAUAUUUUUAUUGUCAAACCUCGACAAACACCAAAAAAAAUAAUUGGUAAUUGAACAUUAUUAUGUACCUUAAUAAUUUUAUUAUUGUUAUCGAUUAAAUACAAUGUUUUGCAAUUUAUCUCUUCAACA